AAUGAUAACAAUUAACAAAAAUAUUAAGUAAAAUAUUAAACGAGAGAAUAAUUAACGAUCGAACUAAUGUAUUAAAUCGAACAAUAAAUUCAUGUUUAUAAGUCUUAUAAAGUAUAAACACUAAGAAUAAUAAUAAUGUAUCUAGUUAACAGUCGAAAUAUUACGUUUAUGAAUUGGAAGCAAACAAUGUGGACUAUUGUUUCGAAUUUUGGAUAAGAACCCAGUUUGUUGCAAUCUUUGGAAUUUGAAAUAAAAUUGAAUCAUGAUGAGCACGCUAACUGGAGAUACUUCACGUCGUCGAAUAGCAGCACUGUCAUUCUUAACAAAUAUAUCACUAGAUGGCACUCAUAAAGAUACUAACAAAUUACUUUUCAUCAAAAACAAUAUUAUGUAUCAACAUCAAAAAUCUGAAAUGGAGUUUCCAUCACUUCCUGACAUAGGGAUGACAAAUGAAGAGAAUACGUGUAGUGAAAGCGACAUUAUCUUGAAACAAAUGGAUACUGAAUUUCAUGGUCCUGUGAGAUUGACAAAAACACGGUCUUUAACAUCCACACCAAUAAAAUCAAAUAUGAAUGAUAAAAAUAGUAUUGAUAAAUUUUUUGAACUGGAUUCAGAUAAGACUUCUGGGAGACUACCAUUUCGUGAAAGACUUAACACAACUGGAAGUGAUGUAACUAUGGAAUCAAAAAAAUUGGCAGCCUACUAUCGUAAACGCAUGAUUCCUCAAUCUUUAUUGUCUGAUGAUAAAAGUAACACAAAUUUCAGCAGUUCUGAAAGUCUUGGCUUAGCUCUAUAUAAAACUAAUACUUUGCUUCAAGAAAAUAGCUCUUCGAAUCAAUCUAUGGAUAUUAGAGUUGUACGUCCAACAUUACAACAUCGAUUCAAAAAUGAACGUUUAGUGUUAGUCACUCCACAGAAAACUCCAUUCCUUGUUUAUUCGCUAAUACCAUUCAAAAGAUCUAACAGAACCAUAAUUGUGCGAUGCGAACAAAAGAAAGAACCAAAUCGUAGAAGACAAACAUCUGGAACUCGUCCUUUAUCUGCUGUUAAUGAUAUAAUUGAUGCAUUUGAUCUUUUUGGAUUAGAAAAAGGCAAAGACGGACAGGAAAUAUCAUAUAGUCAUCUAUUAAUUCCUUCACGAAUUGUUGAACCCAAGACUCCGAUUGAAGAUAUGAUGUUAGAUACUAUACAGUCAAAAUCGCAUACCUUAAGCAGGUGUAUUUCAGCUGAUGUUCCUGAAAAUGUAGCAGUUGGUUCUGGUACUUACAAAAUGUGCACUGUUCAACCAGCAUCUUCGCCUCCAAAAGGCGAUUUAACAAAAGUUACUACUACUGAACAAGAUGAAAACGGAACAGCCUUAUUUUCUCCUAGCAUUCUUGAUGACCCCGAGUUUUUUGCUGGAAAACAUAGAACACUUUUAACAUUCAUAUCUUACAUGACAUCAAUUAUUGAUUAUGUGCGUCCAGCUGAUCUUAAAAAAGAAUUGAAUGAUAAAUUUCAAGAUAAAUUUCCACAUAUUGAGCUAACAUUAAGUAAACUCAGAAGUAUAAAACGAGAAAUGCGUAAAAUUACAAAACCAGACGCUACUUCAGAUUUGCUAACUAUUGCACAAGCCUAUGUAUUUUUUGAAAGGUUAUUAGUCAAAAGCUUGAUCAAUAAGGAAAAUCGUAAACUAUGUGCUGGAGCGUGUAUUAUUUUGUCUGCAAAGUUAAACGAUAUGAAAGGCGAACCUUUAACUAAUCUUAUUGAAAGAACUGAAAUAGUAUUUCGAUUGAGCAGAAAAGAUUUAAUGGUUUCCGAGUUUGGAGUAUUAGUAGCUUUAGAGUUCGGUCUUCAUAUACCUACUCAUGAGAUAAUGCCACAUUAUCAGCGACUAUUGUCUGAGUCAUGACAUAAAUAUUCAACUCUAGAUACUUUAGACUUGAGUGAAAUAGUGGAAUAUAUUAGAAUGAAUAAAUCUAACUAAUUUUAAUGAAAUGGUUUGAUUGCAACACUUUAAUGACUGUGGGUAUGCAUGUUAUUUAUUUUUGUUGUAUAACUUAUUAGAUGAAUUUGAGCUAUAAUUGUAAUGUAAUUUAUAAUUCUAAGUAAAUAGUUAUUCUGAAUAAUAUUUAAAAUUGUUACCAGAAAUUUUUUUUUAAUGUUGAUUAUUCAUAUUUCAUAUGUUAUAAGUAUUAUUAUUAUAUAGUUAAAGAAGAAUAAGAAUAUUGUUUUAUUUCUUUUAAAUUUAUCAGAAGUAUUAAAAAAAUUUAUUGAACAAUGAUAAUAGUUACUGAAAGCUUAUUAAGAGGAUGUAAUAUUAUGGUUUGAUUUUUGUCACUUAAAUGUAAACAUCGUAACUACAUGUACACGGAGGUUAUACUGUACAAAAAAAAAAUAUUAUGACCUCCGUUUGCGUGCAUUUGCCAUGUUCUAUAAAAGCUCAAUUCCACAGACAAAAUAAGACAGAAUAACACAACAAAUCUUGUUGUAGUUUAUUAUGGAGGUAAUUUUACAUUAAUGCAUUUAAUGAAGAAAUUACUUGGCGGUUAACUAUUUAUAUACUUGCUUGAAAGUUGAAACACAACAUAUUAAUUAAUAAGUUUAUGAUUUUUUUUUUAUUGCUGCCCGAUUUGAUCAACUAGAUUAUAUUUAAACUAAGCAUUUUAUUUUUAAGAACACAGAAUCAAUUUUUUAAUAUGAUUAUUAUGUAUAUUGUAUAUGCUUAAGUCAAAGAAUGUUGCAAUAAAUUAUUUAUAUAGGAUUAAUGUUAUUCAUCUAAACAGAAAGCAAACUUUAAAAGUUAUACAAAUGUUACAAUAAUUAAUAUAGUUCUAACUAGCAUUUAAAUUCAUUUUUAUCAUAUAAAAUAUACUUAUUAUAGUUAAAUAUAUUUUAAAUAAUCAGUAUAAAAAAAACUUACGAUUCAUUAUAUUUUUUUAUAAAAAAUUAAAAAUAUCCUAUUUGUCAGUUGCCAGUAUGAUGUAAAUUUAGAUUUCUUAUCUAGUGUUAUCUUGACAAUAUUUAUGUUCAGUGCCAUUAUCUAAAUUCUAAGACUGGCAACAAUAAUACUUAGAUCAUUAAAAUUAAUUUGAUCUUUUUAAAAGAUGUCUAACUAAAUUAAUUAUGUUACAAAAAAAAAAAAAUUAACUUUAAACAUUACUCAUUAGAUAAUAUAACUUGUUUUAAUAAGAUAGUAACUGUAGGUGUUUUGUAUAGAUAGAUAAUAAUAAAUAAAUAGAAUUAGUCAUUACUGAUGGUGGAAAUCUAUUUAACUAUUAUACUCAUACAACAUCUUCCUUCACCAUUUAUAAGGCUUAGGACUUUCUGUCUAAUUAUAUUCUGGGGUCAUAGACUGGCUUUUUCGACCAUUCCUUUUUUCUAGCGGCAUGUAAGAAAGCCCCACGCCCUACACUCUACAGUCGUAAGUAGGUAUGUGCUGAUUUCUUAAUUCAUGAUCGACAAUCAUAUUAUACAGAUCGUACCUUUUUGUCAGUGACAAUGGUUUUAUUGGGGAUGGUUGAUUUAUACGAAAGACAGCCUAGCCGUUAUUUAUUAUUCUAUACAAUUUUAGUUUAUUUAUUAUUAUGAUGUGUGCGCAUAUUAUUACAAUGCUGAAGGGCAACCACGGUUGAAAAUAAUUGUUAUGCUUUAAAAUUUAAGAGUAUACGGUCCUUUCUCGUGUGGGACCCACCUAAGAUACCCUGUACACCAAAAAUUGUGAAUAUAAGCUGGUUUUCAUUAUUUACAAUUUUAUGCACAAACGAGUUACGUACAUUUAAAAAAUUAAAUAAUAUGUGAGCAAACGAGUCUCCACCAACCACCAUAUUAUCUAUACAUACGGCUAAAAUAUAGUGUUGUACUUACAUAAUUAAAUAAAAAUCAUCGAAUAAGGCUCUAAAAAAUGGUUAAAAAUAUAUUUUACCGCAAUGAUGCCAUUUUUUAUUUUUGACAAAUAACAUUAUUUUUUUUUAAUGCAAUGUUUUUUAAGGUACACCUACCUAAUUUAAAAUGUACAAUAAAUUAAAAAAAAAGCGGGUAAGUGGAUGUCGCUCUGCUGUACAAGUGGGUCAAUGUAUAAUGGAUUGUAUUAAACUUGAAUUCAAUGAUAUAAUAUCAUUGUAAAAGAAAAACGAUUU